AUGGAUGGGUUCUACGCAAAUUCAUCCCCAAUGCAUGCAGUCUUGGAUAGGCUUCGAGGUCCAGACAUAGACGAUCAUCUACAGCUAUUUGAAACGAUUGACUGGACCGGAACAUCUCUCGGCCCAAUCGAUGGCUGGUCACAGGAGCUUGCGACUCAGAUAUUUUUGACUAUGCUGGUUCCGAAUCCGCAAUCUCUUGUUCUCGGAGAAGACAAAGUCGUCAUUUACAAUCAAGCCUAUGGACGUCUGAUCCGAGAUCAUAAUCCGCAAUACUUCGGAACACCAAUAGCGACCUGGAUAGAAUGGGCCCCAUAUUUCGAAAGCAUGGGAGCUAUUUACAAGCAAGUAGAAACGACAGGAAGAGCCUAUGUUCUAUCAACAUUCCCCAUGGUCAUGGCGAGUGCAGGUUUCAGAGAGAACGUUGACUUCAGCGGCGCAGUGAUCUGUCUGCCUCCACCUCUUGAUGGAUAUCUUGGAACCUUCACGGAGAUCACAGAUAUUGUCGCAUCUGAGAAAAGGGCUUCCGUCUUGCAGAUUCUGGUGUCUAUAUGGAAAUCCUCUCCCGAUCUGAAGUCACUCUGGGCCAACAUUUUAGAGAGUGUCGAUCAACACCCAGAGUUGUUUCCGUUCUUCGCCCUCUACUCUAGCACUCUUGCCCCGGGAAGCGAAAUUUUGUCAGAAUACAGCGAGAACGAUUCUGAAGACUUCGCUUACUCGCUCGAGGGUAGCGGCGGAACACCAGACUCUGAGUGUCCAAGGAUACCACAGUAUUACGACCUGGGUCCGGAAAUAGAUGGACAGACACCAGACUCAAUGACACAGCAUCUGCGUAAAGCCCAGAAUGAAAGAGCUUCUGUGCUGAUUACCGCGGCAGACAUACCAGCGGCAUGGCAGAGUCUUGCGCAGCAUCGGGGUGUUGGAGAAGCGUGCAGAGGCGCUGUGGUCUGUCCAAGCAGCUCCAACCGUCUUAGCCGCGUGCAAGCUUUCCUCUUGCUUGGACUUUCUACGCGUGAUGCGUACAAUGAAUCAUACCAGAACUUCGUGUUCAAGUUGCAGGGAGAGUUUGCUAAUAUCGUAGCCUCGAUAAUGUCCGCAGAAGAGGCCGCGCGCAAGAAGGCCGAAACAGCUAAACGAUUGCAGCUCGCCACUGAGCUUGUCAACAAAGAGCUUGCACUCAGAAGGAGAGAAACCGAGCUAGCUACAGUUAGGGUGGAACGAAUCACCAAGAUCGUUGACUUGGCUAACGUUGCAAUUUUCGAGCGUGACCUCAAGGGUCGGCUGGUGUUUGCCAAUGAGGCUUUCUACAAGUUAAUGAACACAUCUCAGGAUGUUUCUCUGCAUGAAGACAUUGCGGCAUCAAAUCUUCCAGAGGAGCACUGGAUGGCAUUGCUUAGUGGUGACUCGAGGACGUUUGAGAUGAGGUGCCGCAACGAGAACUGGGGUCUUUGUAGUGCGUUGCCUACGCGAGACGAACACGGCAAUAUCGAUGCUGUGAUAGGAGUCAUUACUGAUAUUGAAUCACAAAAACGAGCGGAAGAGGAGGCUUUCGCAAAAGUGGAGGCUCUCGAACGUGUUGCGGCGGCCGAACGGCGUUUUUUCAAGUUCCUGGAAAUCCUCCCGGCUGGUGUUGCUAUUCUCGAGACAGAUGGUAGUAUAUCCUUCGCGACAGACGAGUGGUUCAGAUUGAGUGGACACGAGCAUUGCGCAUUCGACCAGAUCAACUGGACUCAUUGUAUUCACGAAGAGGACCGCCAGAUCACUCAGGACGCAUGGUCAACUCUGAGCGUCGAUGCUCAACCAGUCAACUUUCAGUUCCGAGUCCGCAGACCGUAUAUCAACCCCGCGGGCGAAGCAUGUGGUAACUCAUGGAUGCUAUGUAACGGACUCCCCGAAUGGGCCGAAGAUGGCUCCGUGGCAAGAGUGGUUACUGUUAUAACAGAUAUCAGCCACCUCAAGUUCGCUGAGACCGUCCAAAUGACUCGUGUUGAAGAAGCUGUUGAGAGCAAGAAACACAUGCUAUCCUUCAUCGACAUGACUAGUCACGAGAUUCGUAACCCACUCGGUGCAGUCAUACAUUGUGCAGACAGUGCACUGGAAUCAUUGACCGAGUUAAGGAAACUAGCACCAGACCAAUGGAGUCAGAAUCUGAGGGUGCCUGCGAAUACAGCGAAUCACUCUCAACGAAUAACACAAUCAAUCGACUCUGGCCUCGAUGCAGUCGACACAAUACUGUCCUGCUCUGCUCAUCUCAAGCGAAUCGUGGAUGACACGUUGACAUUGAGCAAACUUGAUGCUAAUCUCCUUCGAAUCAGCCCUUCUGCCGUCCGAACAGUUUCAAUAUUGCAAGAUCUCCAGAAGAUGUCGGAGGUCGAGGCUUCAAGACUAGGGGUCAAUCUGAGGACAGUAACAGAUUCAUCACUCGACACUCUACACGCAGAAUGGAUGCUGAUCGACCCUGGUCGGGUCAUGCAGGUCUUGAUCAAUCUUACGAGCAACGCAGUCAAGUUCACGAAAACCAAAGGUGGAGCAAGAGACGUCACAGUUCGCAUGGGUGCUUCGCUGGAACGUCCAUCAGACUUGCAUAUCGAGUUUUCCCAUCUCGAUUUCUCUAUCGCCAGCGCCCUUCAAGACAGUAUCUACGACACGGCCGAGUUCUCCGAGCACACAUGCUACCUCUGGUUCACUGUCGAAGACACUGGCAUCGGAAUGACGCCGGAGGAGAAGAGUAGAAUAUUUUCACGCUUUGCACAGGGCUCCAUCAAGACAUACAACACUUAUGGAGGCUCAGGACUUGGUCUGUUCAUCAGCAGAAAAUUAGUCGAGCUCCAAGGUGGAGAAGUUGGAGUAGCUUCCGAGGCUGGUGUCGGUAGCACAUUCGCUUUCUAUGUCAAGGCACAUACGACGACCCCGCCGAAGGAGGAUGGAACAGGUACAGCUCGGGCUAAGAGCCCGGCAGCACAUGCCUCGAGGCCUGGCAAGAUCCCUGUUAGCGUGUUGAUCGUUGAAGACAAUGCAGUAAACCAACGUGUGCUAGAAAAACAACUGACCCGAAAAGGCUACAUCUGCCAUGUCGCAAACCACGGCCUCGAAGCCAUUGAAUUCCUAAAACAAACAAAACUCUGGAGAAGCAACGGAAACAACCCCUCUGCACCGAACAUAGAUGUCGUCCUCAUGGACGUAGAAAUGCCUGUAAUGAACGGUCUUGACUGCGCAAAACGUAUUCGCGAAUACCAACAGACGGGCGAGAUGAGAUCGAAUCUUCCUAUUAUAGCCGCGUCGGCCAAUGCUCGUGCUGAACAGGUGGGAUUGGCAAUCGCUGCGGGCAUGGACGACUCCAUCACGAAACCAUUCAGGAUACCGGAUUUGACACCGCUGAUUGAUUCUUAUGCGGGCUGGGCGAGAGCACAGGGGUGA